CGAUGACUCAUACCGCUGUGCAAGCAUGCAUGAACCUUUAAUUUCCUGCUUCAUUCCCUCCUCUCCUAUAAAACCCACAAAAACCGGCUGCCCGGUACUCGGACAGACAGGCAGCAGUACGUCUCCAUCGAUCGGUCUGCCUUGGCAGACGCAGAUCCAGUGGCCACGGUACAUGGCUCCAACAAUGGCGCUGCUUCCUCAGCGGCUGCUGCUCACGCUUGUCCUGCUGCCGCAUCUCCUGAUUCUCCUCUCCCUCGGCGUCGGCGGCAGUGCCUACGGGACGAAGCCGCCUUGCUUCUGGCCGAGCUCGGCGGCGGAGGACGGCAGGUGCCUGAGCUGGCGCGUCAUGGUGGAGGCCAACAACGCGAGGGGGUGGCGCACCGUGCCGGCGCCGUGCGUCGGCUACGUCACGGGCUACAUGACGCGUGGCCAGUACGGCAGGGACCUGGACGGCGUCAUGGACCAGGUGUCCGCCUACGUGGACCAGAUCACGCCCCCCGCCGACGACGGCCUCGACGCCUGGGUCCUCGACAUCGACGACACCUGCCUCUCCAACCUGUUCUACUACGAGGCCAAGCGUUUCGGGGCGUACGAUCCUUUGGCGUUCAAGACUUGGGCUAGCCAAGGGGCUUGCCCGGGGAUACCCGCGGUUCUCCGGCUGUUCGCGACGUUGCGGGACAAGGGAUUCAAGGUUUUCCUUCUCUCUGGGAGGGACGAGGAGACCCUGGGCUCGUGCACCACCGAAAAUCUGGAGUCACAGGGGUUCUCUGGAUACGAGAGGCUCAUGAUGAGGACUCCUGAAUACCGAGGGCAGCCCUCGUCGGUGUUCAAGUCGGCGAUGAGGAAGCAGCUGGCGGAGGAGGAGGGUUACAGGAUCCGCGGCAACGUUGGGGAUCAGUGGAGCGACCUGCAGGGCGAGAACGUCGGCGACCGCGUGUUCAAGAUACCGAACCCAAUGUACUUCGUCCCCUGACCAUGUCCGUGAAAAGGAAUUACAGACGUACUCGCUCUGAUCCUAAAUUAUUGACUCAAAUUUGCUCAAAUAUGAAUGUAUCUAUUCUUAAAAAGCGUUUAGAUACAUUUAAUAUUUCAACAACAAUUUAGGAUCGGAGAGAGUACGUGCGAGUCGAACGUCCGGCGUUAUGUCCAUCCUGACUAAUUCGUCGAGGAGGACUCGACGGUCCUGUAAACUGAACGGCCGAUGUAGCUCCAAGGGCAUUUGCCUACUCUCGUUGUGAACAAUGAUGGAAUGAAGAACUAGACGGUAUUAA